CCGGAGGGGAGCGCCCCGGGGCGGCCGCAGCUCCGGGCGCGAUGCAGAGAGCCGGAGGCGGGGGCGCCCCCGGGGGCAGCGGCGGGGGCCCGGGCACUGCCUUCUCCAUCGACUCGCUGAUCGGGCCCCCGCCGCCGCGCUCCGGCCACUUGCUCUACACCGGCUACCCCAUGUUCAUGCCCUACCGGCCGCUCGUGCUGCCGCAGGCGCUGGCCCCCGCGCCGCUGCCCGCCGGCCUCCCGCCCCUGGCCCCGCUCGCCUCCUUCGCCGGCCGCCUCACCAACACCUUCUGCGCGGGGCUGGGCCAGGCCGUGCCCUCGAUGGUGGCGCUGACCACCGCGCUGCCCAGCUUCGCGGAGCCGCCCGACGCCUUCUACGGGCCCCCGGAGCUCGCCGCCGCCGCCGCCGCCGCCGCGGCCGCCGCCACCGCCGCCCGAAACAACCCCGAGCCGGGCGGCCGACGCCCGGAGGGCGGGCUGGAAGCCGAAGAGCUGCUGCCCGCCCGGGAGAAAGUGGCAGAGCCCCCGCCGCCCCCGCCUCCGCACUUCUCAGAGACUUUCCCAAGUCUGCCGGCCGAGGGGAAGGUGUACAGCUCAGAUGAGGACAAGCUGGAGGCGCCCGCGGGAGACCCGGCAGGCAGCGAGCCGGAGGAAGAGGGCUCGGGCGGUGACAGCGAGGACGACGGUUACCUGGACGGUUCUGCGGGGGGCCCCGGGGCGCUCCUGGGCCCUAAACCGAAGCUAAAGGGAAGCCUGGGGACUGGCGCUGAGGAGGGGGCCCCGGCAGCAGCGGUGGCAGCAGCGGGGGUCACAGCUCCUGGGGGCAAAAGCCGGCGGCGGCGCACGGCCUUCACCAGCGAGCAGCUUCUGGAGCUGGAGAAGGAGUUUCACUGCAAGAAGUACCUGAGCUUGACCGAGCGGUCCCAGAUCGCACACGCCCUCAAGCUCAGCGAGGUGCAGGUCAAGAUCUGGUUCCAGAACCGGCGGGCCAAGUGGAAGCGCAUCAAAGCCGGCAAUGUGAGCAGCCGCUCCGGGGAGCCCGUGAGAAACCCCAAGAUCGUGGUGCCCAUCCCUGUGCACGUCAACCGCUUUGCCGUCCGGAGCCAGCACCAGCAGAUGGAGCAGGGGGCCCGGCCCUGAGGGACGCCAGGAGGCUCAGACCGGGGUAGGGCCCCGGGGACCGCGGGGCGCCCCCACUGUGCUGUCACCCUCGGAGGGGCGCGGCGAUGUCGGGCUCUGGGGUGCUCAGGUGUGGGCACGAGGCCCCGAGCCAUUCCAGGGGCCCUCAGCGCGAGCGGGGCCCCGUCCUCACUGUCCGGGUGGCCUGAGGCGGACUCCCGGGGAGGGAGUGGGUUCUGAAAGGCCGGGGCCUCGAAGGUUCCUGGCAAAGGCUCUGGCCUGGCUUCUGACGGGGGUGGGAGAAUUCCAGGGGAGACGCGGCCACGCCGAUGACAGCUCCUUAUUUAUUUCGUGUAAAGUUUGUACAUAUGGCGCUUUCGGCCUGUGCUGUCCGCACCCCCGCCAGGACUGGGGAAGCCUGGUCCCUCGGUCUUCGGCCUGAGUUCAGUUCCUUCCUAGCACCGAAGGGGCACCGUCGUGCCUGUCUGUAGCACAGGGACGUGCAGAGACGCGCAACGGGACCUUAGAAACCUCCUUAGAAGCCUCCGGCCUCAUGUCCCCUGUGUCAUCUACCUCCACUUCUGUCCCCACCCCUGCCCAGCCAGCCUGUCCCGCGCCUGCUGUAGCCUCUGCACAGUAAGCAAGCAGAAGCUUCUGCACCUCUGCUCUCUGCUCCCUGGACAAGAGGGCGGACUUCAGGGCCGAGGCUUCACCGCCUUUGGUCAACGAGGGGAAAUGAACUUGACCGAGGCCAGCUCAGGGGUGUGCAGGCUGUGCAGGCGGAGGUUACCAGUCCUGGGCAGGACUGGCGCAGGCUGGGGCCCCCUGGUCACCCGUGAACCCCUCUCUAUGUGGAGGACACGGCAGCUUGGUCCACCCCCGACAGUCCAGACGUGAGAGGCUGAGCAGGUCUCUGCUGAUACCGCACCCAUGGUGCACCCGCAGUUCCCAAGCUUGGGAUCCCGUGUCCUCAGGUUAUGAGGCUGGUCGAGAAGAGCCACUGCAAAGUGGAUGAGGUGGGAUGAAUCGGAUGGUUCUGGAAGGUAUGUGCUGUGGGGGAAGCUAGAGAGACAGGAAUUAGAGGCUCUGGGGUUGGAAUUCUGUGAGCAAACUAACAGCAUUCACAGAGGACCAAGUAAACGCAGGGACGUGAGGCUUUGCGGGCACUUGCAGGAAACAGGACUGAAAGGGAAAGGGGACAACCAAAAGCCACUUGCCAUUUUCCCUGCCUUCACCGACGGGCUCCUGUCCGGUACAGACGGGAGCGGCCGCGUGGGCACAGGGAAUUCCCAGAGAAGCCCACGGACGCUGGCAUGGUGGCUAACACGGCCUCAUGGGCCGUGUUGCUUUGGGAGGAGAGCUGGAGCAGAACAGAGCCGUAGAGAAGAGAAAUGGGCUCCGAGUGAGGCAAGGCCAGACAGGGAGGGAGGCCGCUCAGCCAAGUCCCCGGCCAGCCUCCUGCCCUCCCUAGGGGUCAGGCUGCUGCUCUUCUGGUGAGACUGAGACAGGCCUUCCAGGGCCGUCCUCUCCUCCUCAAGCACAUGCAACGCAGCAGCCGGGGCCCGUGGGUCCAGGGUCUUCUCUCGCUUUUGACUGAAUUUCAGCAAAUCUGGAGAAUCAGGCCGAAAACUGUGGUCCAGCCUGGCCCGUUCCUGCUCCAGGCCAAGGCUGUCUGACACCCACCUAGGGAACCUACAGGGUGAGAGUCUUUUUAGGACAGGAGCCAGGCAGAGGUCGAGGAUCCCAGGAGCUGUCGUCACUUUGCUGUCAGGACUCAUGUCUCCAGGUGUAGCCAGGGCUGGCACGGAUGCCCUCUGUGCCCCCAGGGAGGGAAGGUGGGGCAGGAGAACUAGCACACCCGAGGCCCCAAUCUGCCUUUUUCUCCCCCCCUGGAUUUACCUCUGAAGCUUCCUAAACCAUACCCUGCAGUCUUCAGCUGCCGAGCAGCUUCUUUAGGGAAGCUGGAGGUGACUGCUGCUAGUAUUUUCUGAGCCCGGGAACCCAUCUUCCGCGCCACCCCCGGCCCCAUCUUUAUUCUGCCCUUAUCUUUGCUUAAGGUUCGUAUCAGCCUGGUAAAAGGGGCUGUGGACCAAGAAAAUAAAAUCUGGUUUCCUCUCUGAA